CAAAAAAGUACACACCUCCACGCAAUUCCAAUCACGUUCGUGCAGCCAAUCGGAUAGCUUUGCCAUCUUGGAUUCACACAGUUUGCUGUGCCACUAGUGACCAGCGCCGUAACUGGUUGGUUAGAAUCCCCGUCCGGAGCAGGCGUGGUGUGCGUUCCUGGUGAUGUUCUACAGACCGGAAGAGAUAGACGCAGUCCAAAUACCAGAAUUUGCUAAACUACUUGAAUUAGAUCCCUGGUUGGAGCCGUACAAAUAUGAAAUCAAACGAAGAUACAAAUGUUUUGAGGAUCACUUGAAGUGGAUCGAAAGUGUUGGAGGGUUGGAGGAGUUCACCCAAGGGUACAGAGAUUUCGGCGUCCAUGUCCAUUCAGAUGGUACAAUCACAUGCAAAGAAUGGGCCCCGGGUGCUAAAGAAGUUUACUUGCGUGGGGACUUCAAUGAUUGGAAGGAGUUCACACAUCCUUUUAAAAAUGUUGGAUUUGGCAAAUGGGAGCUGACAAUUCCACCGGUUAUGGGUUCACCGGCAAUCCCUCAUCUUUCUAUUAUCAAGCUUUUGAUUGUGGCUCAUGAUGGUCGUCGUUUAGAUAGGUUAAGCCCAUGGGCUCCCUAUGUAAUCUGUAUCAAUGAGAACAAGAUAUACGAUCAAGUUUUAUACAAUCCACCAGAACGGUAUCAGCUGAAAUAUCCUCACCCUCCUCGUCCGAAGAGCCUGCGCAUUUACGAAUCACACGUUGGCAUCUCCUCUUCUGAACCGGUCGUAGCCUCAUACACUCAUUUCAAAGAAAACGUGCUACCGAGAAUCAAGGACCUCGGCUAUAACUCGAUUCAGCUUAUGGCAAUUAUGGAACACGCUUACUAUGCUUCCUUUGGAUAUCAAGUGACCAGCUUUUUUGCCGCCUCCAGCCGUUACGGAACGCCCGAAGAACUACGUGCUCUGGUUGACGAAGCUCAUAGACUUGGUCUCCUUGUGUUACUGGACAUUGUACAUAGUCACGCGUCAAAGAAUACGAAUGAUGGUCUCAACGAAUUUGACGGGACAGAUGCCUGCUAUUUCCAUGCUCGGAGUAGAGGCGUCCAUGAGCUUUGGGAUUCGAGACUCUUCAAUUACACGGAACUGGAAGUUCUCCGCUUUCUCAUGUCAAAUCUACGUUGGUGGAUUGAAGAGUAUGGCUUCGAUGGCUUCCGCUUCGACGGAGUUAUGUCUAUGCUCUAUCACCAUCAUGGCUUGUUUACCAGCUUCUCAGGGACCUACGGUGAAUACUUUGGCCUUUCUGUGGACACAGAGUCGUUGACCUAUUUGAUGUUGGCCAAUCACUUCUUGCACCAAAAGUAUCCAUUUGUGAUCACGAUUGCUGAGGUGCGUUUUUUUGCGAUUGCCGUCGUCACUGUCCUAACUUUUUGGUUCUCACCACUUCAUGCCACUGGUGAAAUGCUGCAAAACGUCUCCCCUACGCAAACUUCAAAAAAGCUCGUAGACCUUGCGAUGACCUUGCUGGUUAUUUAA